GUUUUUGAAACCCAACUUGGUAAAAAAAAAAACCUAAACCAAAGGCGCACAAGAUUAAGCCCUCGUUUAAAAGAGGCCUAAUUGGCUAGCUAGCUAUUGCAACAAUAGUAGCUAAACUUAAAGGCCUUCUCCUUCUGUUUCAUACCAUCUCCUUCCCCCUUCUUUAAAAACAAAUUAACACAAUUCGUUCAUAUUCUUUGGAGAGAAACAAAGCUAGAGAGAGAAAGAGGGGAGGGAGGGAGAGAGGGCGAGUUAAGGGAUGGUGAGAGAUGCGUAUGGUGGCCAUGGUGGUGGAAACACUAUUAAGCCUGCAUGGCUUGAGCGUUUAAUGGCCGAGACAUUCUUUGGCGGGUGCGAGGUCCACGACAGCCGCCGGAAGAAUGAGAAGAACGUCUUCUGUCUGCACUGCUGCCUUAGUAUUUGCCCCCACUGCCUCCCUUCUCACCGCCUCCACCCACUCCUGCAGAUUAGACGAUAUGUAUACCAUGAUGUGGUUCGAUUGGGUGAUCUUGAAAAGCUGAUUGACUGUUCCUAUAUCCAGCCCUAUACAAUUAACGGUGCCAAAGUGAUAUUCUUGAAUCAGAGGCCGCAUACACAGUCCAGGACUUGCAAGCAGGGCUCUGCCAAUAUCUGCCUCACUUGUGACAGGAUUCUCCAAGAGCCAUUCCACUUUUGUUCUCUCUCGUGCAAGGUUGACCAUCUGGUGUACCAAGGGCAAGAUUUAUCUGGUGUACUCUACCGAUUUGAUGCGUCCGACUUCACGAUCUCUCAGUUCGAAGGAUUACGCAUGGACGGCUCAGAGAUGACUGAGGAUGAUGGCCACAUAAUGCCUAGCUCCACCAUAGAAGACCCUCUGCAAUACAGAGCUUCGUCAUGCUCCAGCGAAGCCACCAGCGACUCAAUAAUGUCGCGAGAACCGGGGGUUAUCAAGAAGAAGAAGAAAAGCAGCGGAUUCCUCCCGGGGAUUGUCCUCUCCCUUAGCAGCAGGAGAAAGGGUGCUCCUCAGAGAGCUCCUCUUUCUUAGAAUGAGACUUUGGGAAAUAAAUAAAUCGUAGGGUUAAUUAAAAUUAUUGGCAUCAUAUGAAUGUUAGGUACUACUACUAAGGUUGGUCGGGCCAUGCACGGUUAAUAUUUAGAUCAAUUUGUGUCCCGUAUUUGCAUGGGGCAUUUCCAUUACUGACUUUAGGUGGCUGCAGAGAGACUGAACCAUUGAAGGAUUGAGCCUCUCAUGCAUCAUCUCCACCAAUUUUGUAUCUAAGAAAGGUAAUGGCGGUUUGCGAGUGUAUACUAUAUAUUUGUUAUUACGCUA